UCUUCAUCCAGGAGAAAAUUUUCUGGUUAUCAAGCUGGCUGUACGGGCAAUCUUGCAUCCAGCAUUGCGAUGGUUUGAUCUGAGCUCGUCGGAAAGUUAGGGUUUGGAUCGUACCGGGGAGGAAACGGCCGCCGGAGGCGGAGCCGUCGGAUGGCGCUCUUCAGGAGGCUGUUCUACAGAAAGCCUCCAGACCGGCUUCUGGAGAUCGGCGACAGAGUUUACGUUUUCGACUGCUGCUUUUCAUCGGAACGUUUGGAAGAAGAUGAAUACAAGGAUUACAUGAAUAAAAUUAUGGUACAGCUGCAGAGUUAUUUUCCUGAUGCUUCUCUGUCGGUGUUUAAUUUCAGAGAGGAGGGAAGAAGAAAUUUGCUUGCAGAAAUUCUUGCUCCCUUUAAUGUUAGUGUCAUUGAGUAUCCUGACGGAUACCAUGGAUGUCCAGUACUUCCCAUGGGGAUGGUCUACCAAUUCUUAAGGUUCUGUGAUAACUGGCUGUCAACGGAAGGGCAGCGAAACGUUCUCCUGAUGCACUGUGAAAGAGGAGGAUGGCCUGUGCUUUCUUUCAUGCUUGCUUGUCUGAUGCUUUACAGACGUCAGUAUAGUGGAAAAGAGAGAGCUCUGGAAAUGAUGUAUAAGCAGGCUCCAAGGGAGUUUCUCCAGAUCCUUACUCCCUUAAACCCUUCUUCUUCUCAUCUGAGAUAUCUCCGUUACAUCACAGGAAAUGGCAGUGGGUUACAGUGGCCUCUUUGUGACGUGCCAUACAUUUUGGACUGUCUUAUUCUUCGAGAUGCUCCAUAUUUUGAUGGAAAGACAGGAUUUAGGCCGAUUGUUCGUGUAUAUGGCCGGGAUCCUUCUAACCCGGUUGAUGAAUGCCAUCGAGUCCUCUUCACGUCACUAGAGAACAAAGAACAGGUUCAUAACUUCCGAGAGGAAGAUGACUCACAGAUAUCACUAGAUGUUCAUUGCAGCAUUCAAGGUGAUGUUGUCCUCGAAUGCAUACACAUGGAUGGAGAUCUAGAACUUGAAGAGAUGCUUUUCAGGAUCAUGUUCAACACAGCAUUCAUUCAAAACAAUGUUCUUCUUCUGAAUAGAGAGGAGAUUGACAUCAUCUGGGGUUUGGAGGACCAGUUUACUAAGAACUUCAAGGCUGAGGUAAAAUUUUCAGAAUUUGCUGACGGUUCAAAUAACCCCCAAGUCGUAGCUAUGAAGGAAGAUGAGGUGGAAGGUGAGGAGUUCUUUGAAGCAGAAGAGAUCUUUAGCAAUCCCGAUUUGCAUGAUGAGACAAGGGAUCUGGAUUUUCACUCAACUCCCAUCAAAAUACAUGAUGUCUGUAUGCCUGAAUUAGUUUCAGAUCAUGAAGAAACAGUAAAUAGUAAUUUACACUUUGUAUCUCCUAUACAAAAUCUGAAGAAUGGACCAGCACAAGAAAUGCUUAUUUCGAAUGACUCAAGUGUGCCGGAAAUGGCAACACAGCAACAGUUCGGAGCCAGCCGUGAUGGAGUUCAGAGGAUGGAGAAUGAAAACUUGGACAUGAUUGUUGAAACAUGUAUUCAAGAUUUAGCAUUUGUAGAGGAGAACUUGUCCAUAACUAGAAAUCUCAGAAAUGUUUUUAACAUUGUUCUUGAUUGUAAGAAAGUAGUUUGUAACACAGUAUCAGUAGAUGAGGCUAAACACAGCUUAGAAAUCAAACUUCCCAAACAGAAUGAUGAAGCUUAUGAUAAUAGAGCACAGUAUUUUCAAUAUUCCAGUCCGGAUUUUAGAACCCCUAAAUUUGUUGAUCGCAGUGCGUAUACCAAAAUAAAUUCUAAUUUGGCAGAUGAUGAGAUGAGUGUGUAUGAAACGAAUGGUUUGAUACAGGAUGUGAAGUGCCUUGUGAAUCCAGCAACUCUAAAUGCCUUUGUUGGAGGUGCUUUUUGUCAUGCAACUAAUCAGUUAGAAAUUAAACCCGCGCAUCAACCAGAGGUGAGCUUUGAAAAUGGAGAACCAGCAAAGGUAGAAUUUUCCGAAAGAGGCUCCUUUCAUAAUAUGAACUGCUCUGAAUUUGGGAACUUCAAUUUUGUUUAUCACAAUGAGGAUACAAAGGAAAAUCAUUAUUUUGAAGCUGAGGAACAUGCUGUAUCAGCAUCUAACGAACUUGAUCUGGACCCAAAGGGAAAAAAACAAUGUGAUAUGGCUCAAAAUUUUAAAAUUCCAUUGCUUUGCAAUGAAACGAUAAGCUCAGAGACGGAAAAUUCUUAUAGCAGUAUUGUUACUAAAUUCAACAUGAAAUCAAUUCAUGAUAGCCAGGGUGUUCAGUCUGGGAACAAAGAAAAUGUUGAUUGGAUAGAGGACAGGGAAGUAAAUCAUACUUGCGUUGAGGAUGGCUUUGUUUCCCAAAAUAGUGUUUUUCUUGAGUUUUCUUGUGAAAAUAAAGAGGACCAUGUUCAUAAAAAGGAGCAUGAGGAACAACUGCUUGAUGCAUCACAGUUAGCUCCGUCUGAUCCAGUUAGCAUUGUAGAAAAGGGGAAACUACUAUUAUCAGCUGGUAAUAUUGAAAAACAUGCAGAAAUUUUAGUUGUGCAUACUUUUGUUAGCAAGGAUUCAGAAGAUAAUCAUGUCCAUUUGUCAUAUUUAACAUCAACGAACAAUGACUCGCUGACUUCUAUGGCCCCCCAUACAUCUUCCCCUGAAGAAGGUGAAACUGUAGAUUCAUUAACUUUUGCUACAGAAACCCCACAAUUAUCACGUUCAGCACCAUCGGUGAUAAAGGAAGCUUACCAUUCAGCUACUACACCAUUCUUACCAUCUUUUUCUUCUUCUCAGUCAUCACAGAUGCCUGAAUCAAAUUUGCUUUGUUUAUAUCCAACAAGAACCAAUUCCUCUCAGAUAUCACUAGAUGUGUCUCAUUCACAGACCUUGCAACUCUUUUCUUCAUCCAAAGACAUUCCUCCAGCACCAUGUUCUUGCAGCUCUCCUAUGUUGCUUCCUCUAUCCACAACUUCUUCAUCUAAUAAUGUGAGCGAUAAAUCCUCUGCAUCUUCCCUUUCCAGUCUCCCGUCCCAUCCCCCUUCCUCCCCCCCAAUGUUGCAUUUCAAUGCUCCUAUUGAUGGAAAAAUUUCAAAAUUUUCUUCAUUGUCACUUACACCUCUACAACCUGCUUCACACCCACCUCUUUCAAAUUUGAGUGAGGGAGAACUUGUUUCAAUCCAGCCUCUCCAAACACAACUUGAUUCAAUCCAGCCUCUCCAAACGCCACCCCCACCUCCUCUUUAUCCUCAAUCCUUCCAUUUUAUUGCUCCAAUCAAUAGCAAUGAGUCCCCAUCCCCGUCAUCUCCACCACCACAUCCUUUAGUCAUGCUACUAUCAUCCCCAACACCCCAACCCUCACCAAUAUCACCCAUGCCACAUCCAAGUGCGAGAGAAGAUCCCCCUACACUUUCCUAUGCACCAACUUAUCAGUCCUGCCCUCUUUUUUCUCAUUCUUCUAAUUAUGGUUUUCUUCUCAAGGAAACUCCUUUGUCACCACAUAAAUCUCAUAUGCAUGUGAAUGACGAAUUUCCUUCACACUCAUGUCCCACACCAAGUCCUCAACCUCCUCCCUUCCCUCAACCUGCAAGUUCCUCUGCUACAUUCCCAUCUCCACCCACACCUCCCCCUUUACCACCACUACAAUCCAUUCAUCUCCCAUUAUCUUCAACAGUUUCCAGAUCCAACAGUUCAGGUAAUCACCUCUCUGCACUUCAACUUGGAGAAUUCUGUCCUCCUGCAAUGCAUUCUUUUAGUAAAACACAAAGUGCUAGUGAAUUACUUGCUUCUUACCUACCUCCCUUACCUCCUAUAAAGCUCAACAGUCCUACUAAAUCCUUGUCAACUACAAACCUCACACCUCCAUUUACUGUUAGGAAAGGUGAUUUUGAUUUGCUUGCGUCCCACCUGGCUUUUUUUCCACUUGCAGAGUUUCAACAUUCUCCUAAAGGCCAUAUGACGCGAUGUCUAUUUUCGUCACCUUUGCAUCCUGUUAGAAAGUUAAAUACAUCUGAAGUUUCCAAUGUAGAAAUUAUUACACCAUCUUAUGUAUCUCUUUUUCACGUGGGAUCUCCACCGCCUUCUGGGCAGGCACCUCCAGCUUCAUUUUCUCAAAAUCAUCUCCAAGGGAUUGCUUCAACUACAGCGACUCCCCUUCUUCCUGCAGUUAAACAAACUGCGCCUGAGAGUCCAAAAUAUCAGCAAGUACCAAGAGUUCCUUCCUCUACAGUAGCUCCUCCACCUCUAUCCUGUUCUCCAUUUACAAUUUCCUCACCUAUGCAAGAAUACUUAACCCCUUUUUGUGAAAGCAUCCCAUCUCCUUCCCAUAUAGUUCCCCCAAUCUCGCUUCCUGCGUUAUCUUCUUUUUCAUCAACUAAAAAUGAAGGAGCAGGAGCUUGUCCCAUUCCAUCCUUCCAAUCUCCACUAAACUGUACUACGAGUGAAGCUCCAUUUGCAUCUCCAUCAGCAUCUCCUCCUACCGUUCCAAGGCCUUCAACUCCAUGCCCAUUGCUUAAAGCAAAUACUUGCCCACCUCCCCCACCUCCACUACCACCUGCUCCUAUUGGAUUUCCAUCUGCAUCUGUCAUCAAAGGGUGUAAAGGAACUCCAUCUCUACCAUCUCUCCUAUUAGGGGGUUGUGGGAAAGGUUCAACUCCACCCUCUCAUGAACAAACUCCAUCCCCACCAAUACCUCCUCAACUUCCUUACAAAGAACCUGUUGUAGCUCCACCACCACCAGCACCAACUCCUCGCCAUGCAUCUCCACAAACGCCAACUAUCUUUAGAGCUCCACGACUGCCUCCUCUGGGAGCACCACAUCCUCUUCCUCUGCCUACUUUUGAUGGAGCUCCACCACCAUCACCUUUACUAGGAAGACCUAGGGGACCACCACCACCACUUCUUCCUUCUACUACCCCUGGCGGAUCUCCUCCACCACUAACUCCUCCUCUCCCUGAGGGUCAUGUGAUAGCACCAUCUUCAUCUCCACUACCUGGAGGAUUUGAGGGAGCUCCCUCCCUGCCUCCUCCUAGGGUAUAUGAUGCUUUGCCUUCACCUAGUGGACAUCAAUGUGGAGCUCCAUCUCCAACGCCUACCCCUAGUGAGGGUGUACCACCUCCAAUGCUUUCGAGGGCUCCAAGUGCUCCACCGCCACCUCCACGUUCUAGUUUAAGAGGGCCACAACCACCAUUAGGUUCCAUGUCUGGUGGAAGAGGACUUGGAUUUGCACGUGCAGGAGUUUCUGCCACAGCCAUAAAAAAAUCAUCUUUAAAACCAUUGCAUUGGGUUAAAGUAACUAGAGCUAUGCAAGGGAGUUUAUGGGCGGAACUACAAAAGCAUGCUGAUGCUCAGAGCACUACGGAAUUUGACAUUUUAGAGCUGGAGACUCUUUUCUCUGCUGUGGUUAAAAAACCAGACAGCUCUAAGUUGGAAGGACGCAAAUCUGUUACUAAAUCAGAGAAAGUGCAUCUGAUCGAUCUAAGAAGGGCCAAUAACACUGAAAUUAUGCUGACCAAAAUCAAAAUGCCACUGUCUGAUAUGAUGAAAACAGCCCUAGCAUUGGAUGAAUCUAUUCUGGAUGGUGAUCAAGUUGAAAAUCUUCUCAAGUUUUGUCCAACCAAAGAGGAAAUGGAGCUUCUUAAGUACUACACUGGAGAUAAGGAAAACCUGGGUAAAUGUGAAAAGUUCUUUCUGGAGUUAAUGAAGGUUCCUCGUGUAGAAGCCAAGUUAAGGGUCUUUUGUUUCAAGAUUCAGUUUAAUGCACAGACAGCAGAUAUUAGAAAGAGCUUAUACACUGUAGAUUCGGUAUGUGAAGAGAUUCGAAACUCUAUCAAGCUAAAGGAUAUAAUGAAGAAAAUUCUGUCUCUCGGGAACACUCUUAAUCAAGGAACUGCAAGAGGCGCUGCUGUUGGUUUCCGACUAGAUAGCCUUCUCAAGCUAACAGAUACUCGUGCUGUUGACAACAAGAUGACUCUUAUGCAUUAUCUAUGUAAGGUCAUUGAUUCGAAGUCACCACAUCUAAUUGAUUUUCAUGAAGAUUUGAUCAGCCUAGAAGCAGCAUCAAAGAUACAACUAAAGGCUUUAGCUGAAGAACAACAAGGUUUGGUCAAAGGACUAGCGAAGGUUGAGAUGGAGCUGACGGCUUCAGGAAAUGAUGGGAUCGUAUCAGAGGUUUUUUGCAAGAAAUUGAAGGACUUCACUUCUGUUGCUGGGGCUGAAGUGCGAUCUCUAACAGCAUUUUUUGCUGCUGUGGGAAUAAAUGCUGAUGGUCUUGCCCUUUAUUUCGGUGAAGAUCCUGCCCGCUGUCCCUUUGAACAAGUUAUCACCACCCUUAUGAACUUUGUUCGAAUGUUUCGGAGCGCACAUGAAGAGAACUGUAAGCUAGAUGGCCUUGAGAAGAAAAAGGUCAUGAAAGAGGCCGACACGGAUAAGCCUAAAAGCGCAAUUUCUAAAAAGAAGCAUGAUAAGAGGGCAUGUUGAGAAAGCUGGCCUCCUUUCUGGAUUGAACAUUGAAAUAUAGUCACCAUUGGGCUUUUGCAUUGGUCUUUUUGAGACCAAGGCUGAUCCCUUCCGGUUAGUGCAGAAUUCAUUAUUCGCUAGCUCUUGUACAAAUCUAACCCCAUAGUUGAUGCCAUUUUUUUUGUUUUUACUGCAUAUUCGAUAAGAUUUUUUUUUCAUUUAUAUAUAUAUUUUUUCUUUCUUUCUUCCAAAAUUUUCUUAGUUGCAGGUAGAAAUAAGCCAAUUGCUGUUGUACCAUAGUCAUUAGUGAUAAAAGGUUAAGUGUUAAAGCUGAAAAAUCUUGUUUUUGCAUGCAUUCUUAAUAUUGUAAGCAAACUUUAUUUCACCGUUUUUGAAUCUCAAUGUGCCUCUUGAAUGAUCUCCUGCUCUUUGCUACAAUGAAUUGCAUUUUUCCAAUUGAGACCAUUUGUACAGCACAAAUCAUAUUAACAUUUUCAUUGUCUGAUAUACUUUGUUAAAGUAGCAUUUUACACAAAGCCACUCAAGGCUGUUUUGGGGCAAUUUCAAACAUAGCACUCGAAACAUUGCUAUUUUUACUUAAAACAGUACCCUCUUGCGACCCUCUCUCAUGCAAAUAUCAAAAUUCACAAUAAAA